AUGGCGAACUGGAAUACUUGGAAUCCCUUUGGCCGCCGCGAGUCUCACAGCUCUGGCUCUAUCCUCACCUACAAGCUGCUCACCCUCCUCACCUGGCUGCUGUCCGUCAUCGUGACCAUCUACUAUGCCAUCCACGAGCCCAAGGAUGGCUUCACCCUCCGCCGCCGCAUCUGGGACCAGAAUAACCUGAUCCGCACCGCCUUCACCAUGAGCCCCGUCCUCGGCGACAUCUACUGGGUCAUCCUCUUCAUCCUCCAGUUCGGCUACAUCACGCACCUCUUCUCGCGCACCCCCGAAACCGUCAACUACGCCGCCAGCGUCGGCAGCCACUUCAUCGUCAACAACCUCUUCCACUUUGCCUUUAUCAUGCUCUUUGUCCGCUCGCACUUCAUCUGGGCCGAGGUCAUGCUCGUCAUCAACUUCUUCAAUCUGUCGAGCCUGUACUUCCGCCACAACACGUCGCCGCGCUUCAUCCACACCCCCGUCGUCUCGGGGCCCCUGGCCUGGACCUUUGUCGCCCUCUACUGGAACGGCGCCAUGAUGGUCUACCACCCGCACAACCUGGUCGCCAGGAUCUUUGGCAACAUUUUCAUCUGGGCCAUCCUGGCCUACGGCGGCUUCUUUAUUGUUGCCUACAAGGACUACACCAUGGGCUUUUGGCUCAGUCUCCUGGCUGCCGCCAUUGGAGUCGCUCAAUUCGAGCGCCAGAUCAUUGCUCUCCAGUGGAUCUUUGCCUUUGUCAUCAUGGCCGUCCUGUUCCUCGCUACGGUGACGGUUGCCGUGCCAGCUUGGACAGGCAGAGACUAUCUGUGGCGCCGCGAGGCACAGCCUGCCGGUGAAGCUGAACGGGCUCCUCUGCUCCAUGACUAA